GCGGGGACCGGACCGGAGGCGGAGAAGGAGCCAGAGAAGCCGCCGCCGUCACCACCACCACCCUCCGCACUCGCCGCUGGCCCAGCGCCCGCCCGCCAAUCUCAGCCGCCGCCGCCGCUGCUUCCCGCCGAGCCCCGGCCCCUGCUGCCCCCGCGCGGCCGCCACCCAAUCGCCCGGCUGGGGGAGCGGCGCGGGGCGGGGCUGGAGUUGUCCGGGCCGUCACCACCACCGCCGCUGCUGCCUGCGGCCGCCGCUUCAACUGGAGCCGGCGGGGAGAAGCAGCAGCAGCCGCCGCCGCCGCCGCCGCCAUGGAACAAAAGAAGCGCUGAGGCGAGCGCGGGCCGUGGCGGCGGCAGCAGCACCAGCAGCAGCGCCAUCAGCGUCGCCAUCAGCGGCGGCGGCGGCGGCGGCAGCAACGCCCAGGCCGCCCCCCAAGAGACAGCAGCGGCGGCGGAGGAGGAGGAAGAGGAGGAAGCAGCGGCCGGAGAGCCCGCCGCCGCCGCCGCCACCACCACAGCAUGUCUCCCGGGCCCGCGUAGCCGGACCGCCUCGCCGUCCCCUCCUUCUUCAUCUCCUCCUUCUUCUCCGCCGCCGGCCAUGCCCAGCGGCAGCGCCUCGCCGUCGCCUCCCGAAGAGCCUCCCGACCUGGGAGCUCGGCGGCGGCUGCUGCCGUCGCUGCUUUUGCCGCCGCCCCCGCCCGCCCCGCCCCGGCCGCCGCGGGGCCUGCUGUCCCAGUCCCAACCCCACCCCCCUUCCCCGCCGCUGCCGGCUUCCCCUCAGCCGCCGCCGCUGCUGCCGGACACGGGGCUGCUGAGGGAGCGCCUGGCCGGCUUGGGCCUGAGGGAGCGCGGGGACGAGGCCGUUCGGGAGCCGGAGGAAGAAGAAGAAGAAGACGACGAGGAGGAGGAGGAGGAAGAAGAAGAAGAGGCGGCGCCUGAGGAAGGAGAAGAAAGAGGCGGCGGCGACUUGGAGCUGGACUUGGAGGAGCCGCCGGAGGACGAGGAAGACGAGGCCGCCGAGGAGGAGGAGGAGGAAGAAGAAGAAGACGAGGAGGAGGAGGAGGAGGGAUUCCUGGAAUCCCGGGGAGGCGGCGGCGGUGGCGGCGUCUGCGGCCCGGCCUCGCUGCUCUUGCUGCCCCCGCCGCCGGCCUCCUCGCCGCCGCUUCUGCCCCCGGGGCUGGGCUCGGUGCUGCUGCCGCCUUCGGUCUCUGCUCUGCCGCUCGCCGCCGGCUCGGCCUUUGAGGUGGCCGAAGCCGGGGCGCUGGGCGGGGCGCUCUACGGGCCCGGCGACGAUGUCCACGCCGGGGUGAUGGCGGCGAUGCUCUCGCAAUCCUACGGGCCGCCCGGGGCAGCGGCGGCGGCGGCAGCGGCAGCUGCAGCGGCGGUGGUAGCCGGGAUGCCCCCCGGGUCGGUCUUGAACGGAGAACAAGCGGCGCUGCUGCGAAGGAAGAGCGUCAACACGACCGAGUGCGUCCCGGUGCCCAGCUCCGAGCAUGUGGCCGAGAUCGUGGGCCGGCAGGGUUGCAAAAUAAAGGCCCUGAGAGCCAAAACCAAUACGUACAUCAAGACCCCUGUGCGUGGAGAAGAGCCCGUUUUCGUGGUCACCGGCCGCAAAGAAGACGUCGCCAUGGCCAAAAGGGAAAUCCUUUCCGCUGCUGAGCACUUCUCCAUGAUAAGAGCUUCGCGCAACAAGAAUGGCCCUGCUCUAGGAGGGCUGCCUUGUAACCCCAACCUGCCAGGCCAGACUACAGUCCAGGUCAGGGUGCCUUACCGUGUCGUCGGGCUGGUGGUUGGCCCCAAAGGCGCUACGAUCAAAAGAAUUCAGCAGCAAACCCAUACCUACAUAGUUACUCCCAGUAGAGACAAAGAGCCAGUUUUUGAGGUAACCGGCAUGCCUGAAAACGUAGACCGGGCCCGCGAAGAGAUAGAGAUGCACAUCGCCAUGCGCACUGGAAACUACAUUGAGCUCAACGAAGAAAACGAUUUCCAUUACAACGGUACAGAUGUCAGUUUUGAAGGAGGAAACCUUGGAUCUGCCUGGCUUACUUCCCACCCAGUCCCACCUCCCAGUCGCACCCGGAUGAUUUCCAAUUACAGAAACGACAGCUCCAGUUCCCUAGGAAGUGGUUCCACCGACUCCUACUUUGGAAGCAAUAGGUUGGCUGACUUCAGCCCAACCAGUCCGUUCAGUACUGGCAAUUUUUGGUUUGGAGAGACCUUACCUUCCGUGGGGGCCGAGGAUCUGGCCGUCGACUCUCCCGCCUACGAUUCCUUGCCCACCCCUUCUCAGACCAUCUGGACACCUUUCGAACCCGUCAACCCACUCUCCAGUUUUGGUAGCGAACCUGCUAGUAAUGUGAAAACUCCGCGGAAAGGGAGCCAGCCCUCCACCCCUCGCUUGUCACCGACGUUUCCCGAGACCUUGGAACAUCCCCUCGCCCGCAGAGUGAGAAGCGACCCUCCCAGCACCGUCAACCAGGUUGGCCUUCCCAUCUAUAUCCCUGCCUUUUCCAACGGUACCAACAGCUACUCUUCUUCCAACGGUGGCUCCACAUCUAGUUCCCCUCCGGAGUUAAGACGGAAGCACGACUGCGUGAUCUGUUUUGAGAACGAAGUAAUCGCUGCCCUGGUUCCAUGUGGCCACAACCUUUUCUGCAUGGAGUGUGCCAACAAGAUCUGCGAAAAAGAAGCACCAUCGUGUCCAGUUUGCCAGACAGCUGUUACUCAGGCGAUUCAAAUUCACUCUUAAAUAUAUAGAGAUAUUAUAUAUGGACUUUUUAAACUCUUAAUGGCUUGGAUGUAAUGGUACCCCCUAAGUAAACUUAUAAUGAACUCGGACUGUUACUGGGGCUUUCUUGAGAUCAGGCUAACAGUUGUUUGAAAAGCAUGUACUCUUUUCAAAAGAAAAAAAAAAGGCUUGUUCAGUUAACCUUAUAGGCCUAAGCCAGUCUUUCUCCAUUUUGGUUGCAGCUGUGGUACCUCGAGCAAAGGUUUUAGGAGGUCUUAGGGCCUUAGAUCUGUUUUUUGGAGCAGGAGCAUACAGUGAGCAUUCGCAGCCUGUCCAGUUCUUGACGAAGUAUUUCUAAUAACGGCAGUGAAAGCAAAGUCUCACGGAGCCCCUGAGCGUAGAAACUCUUAUGGGGGGGGGGGUAAGUGGGGGGGGAAACGGUGCAAAGGAUCAUGAAUGUUUCAAAAUAAAUUUCCAGUGCUGCCUUCUUUACACUGCCAGUUUUUUUCAGAGCAGGUUUGGGGGGGGGGAUGCUUUCCCCCCCCCCUCUUUACACAACAAUAACAGGCUUCAUUUACCUAAACCGUUGCAAAUAAUUUUACCGCCUGUCGAUUGGUCUCCUGCCAUUCAAGCGAGUAGUCGCCUAGCGGAGAAGUUUUUAAUUAACCGGAUCAUGGUUCGUUGGAGGACCGACCCGAAGGGGCGAACGAGGGAUGAGCCUCUUCUCAUCCAGUAUGCAAUUUGAAGCAUCUUUAAGCGAAUCAGGAACGUACGUGUAGGUCUUCCAUUGCUGAAGCCUGGCAAAGCCUUCUUUCAAAUCAUUGCCAAGGGAUCCAGGAGCUCCAGCCCCGGACAUGAGGGGGUGGGUGGGAAGGCACCCCAUUUGUAGCAGUUUGGUUAUUUAUUGGCGGGGAGCAUCUUAGAUAAUAGCGCUCUUUACAUGUGAAUUGCUACUACCUUCCAUUAAAAGGAAGGCCUCCCUCUGUGCCCUCGGUGUUCAUCACACAAGAUGCAAUUCGUGCUGUGAAUUGUCACGUUAGGACGUGUCCGUAGGGAUCCCCUCCCCCACCCAGUCCUGCUUCUUGCGGAUCCUCCCCCCCCCCGUGGUGGGAGGAAGGGGAAGGCGAGAGGGGCUUGCGUCCCUCGUGUCUAGAAUGAGGAUGCUGACAUUCCAUUGGCUCACAUGAUCAAGGUGUUCUUAAAUUAACUAUUUUAGCGAAUAUCAAGAGUAUAAGAAAAUGUGAAUCGUUUUUAUGUUACAACCACAACUUGCACAUUAUGUGAAACUUGUCUUUUUUUGUUUUUUAAUCAUAUGGAGGGAGGGGAGAAGGAGUAACAUCCACGUUUUUUUAUCAUUCAAUGUUAAAUAGCAGUGACUGAGACCUAGCAAAAUGGUUUAUUUCAUUUCAAAACUACACUUCCCCUCUAUCAAGGGAAAAAAAAUCACCUCUAUUGAUUUUGUUAAUGUACAUUUCAGCCUGUGGAUGUUUCUUCUUCCAGCACUUCAUCCUCAGAAUUUUCCCAAAUCUGUGCUGGCGUUUUUAAAAGAACACACAGAUGUUCUGAUGGGUUUCAUUUAUCUUCUUCUUCCUCCUCCUCCCUCUUUCUCCUUUAAAAAAAAAACUUCUCUAUCUGUCCUUCCUCUUAUUCCCUCUCUUUUUUUGAGCAAUAUCUUCCCAAGAUGAAAUAAUUUUUCUCAGAAUAGCAAACUCUACGUGUAUUGAACUAGUGAAUUACAGAAAUCUUUAUUUUUUAUUUUCCACUUGAAAGAGUUACAUUUCGUAUAAAAAAAAAGUUUACAGAUAACGGUUUUUAUUUUAUGAUUUUUUUUCAGUAUAAAAGUUGCCUUGAUGGCAUAUAAUAUUAUUAUUACAUUAUGAGAUGCAUAACUUUAACGCUAAUAGCUCGUAGAAUAGUUAAAUGUCAGUAUUGAAAUCUUAAUCUUUAGCCGAGUCUUGUAGAUAUGAACAAUCCCAUUUACCAAGCAUGUAUUUUGUAUAUUGUUGCAUUGUACACUGCAGCUAAUAAGCCAAGGAUACAACAUUAGAUGCGUGUACUCUUUCUAUAAACCACAGACUUCAGAAUGACAAAGCUCUCAAUAUGGUUUAGUAUUUGCUAAUUUUACUACACUCUUUUUGUUAUGUAUAUGUAGAAAGGUCAUAGGGAUUAUAAAUUCAAUUUGAGUAAAGUUUAAAAAAAAGCAUAUAUUUUAUGAUAAAGGGCCUUUAACUUAUGAUGGCCAAAGCACUGAUAUUAUAUAUUUGCUGUAAAGAGAAUUAUAAGAGUUUUAUUUUUCUGAUAUUAAAAAGUUACUUAAUAAAGACUUGUUUCCAUUAA